AUGGAAAAGAAUGACUAUCUAAAACUAGAAAAAGCGAUAAGAGAUGGAGAGUGCCUGGAAAGCCUAUCUGUUCUCAGGAUGGUCUUGGACAGGGUCGUAAAUGACAUCUCUGCCUCGUGUCCUAGGGAUGAUCUGGAGCUCUUGUCCAAAUCCAUUCAACACCAAAGGCUCGUCUAUGAAAAGGCUGUGUCCUUGUAUGAGGGAAUGCAAGCAGAAAGCUCAGAGAGGGACGGGCUGAUAAAGUGUCUUGAGGACUUCAACCAGACACUAGAAGAAUAUUAUGCAUUCUCGGGGAAAUUAAAGAAUCAGAAUACUGAGGAAGAGAAAGACAAAUUGUAG